AUGGCUCUGGUGCUGAUCCUCCAGCUGCUGACCCUCUGGCCUCUGUGUCAUGCAGACCUCACUUCAACUGUCCCCCCAGCCUUGUACCCCAAGCCAUGGCUGGGGGCUCAGCCUGCUGCAGUUGUAACCCCUGGGGCCAACGUGACUUUGAGGUGCCGGGCACCUCAACCUGCCUGGAGGUUUGCAAUCUUCAAGUCUGGAGAGAUCACCCCUGUGCUGUAUCGGGAUGUGUCCAUGGAGCUGGCAGAGUUCUUCCUAGAGGGGGUGACCCCAGCCCAGGGGGGCAGUUACCACUGCUGCUACCGGAAUCCAGGCUGGAAUCUGGGUGUCUGGUCCCACCCCAGUGAUACGCUGGAACUGCUGGUGACAGACCAGCUGCCGCCCCCGUCGCUGGUGGCGCUGCCCGGGCCGGUGGUGGCGCCCACCGCCAACGUGAGCCUGCGCUGCGCCGGCCGCCUGCGGGGCAUGAGCUUCGCGCUGUACCGCGUGGGCGUGGCGGCCCCGCUGCAGUACCGCGACUCGACCGAGCCCUGGGCCGACUUCCCGCUGCCCGGCGCCAGCGCUCCCGGCACCUACAGCUGCUACUACCACACGCCGUCCUCCCCGUACGUGCUGUCGCUGCGCAGCGAGCCGCUGGUCAUCAGCGCCGACGGCUCACGCUCGUUGGACUACAUGCAGGGCAACCUCGUCCGCCUGGGGCUGGCGGGCCUGGUGCUCAUCUCCCUGGGCACACUGGUUGUUUUUGACUGGUGCAGCCAGAGUUCUGCCCGAGGCAGUGUCAGGCCCUGA